AUGGAUUUUACGCAUAACACCUGCAUACAUACAGGUGAUAAUGUGGAGCACCGGCAAGAAAAGCCACAGGACUCGAACCCAGGACCAUCGGAUGUACAGACUGUGGCUAACACGUGCAGCUGCGGAUCUGGAGGUCCUGGAUUCCAGUCCCAGGUUGGGCCUUUAGUUCAGUCUUUCUGUUUAAAAAGUCUCAGUAACAACUUGGAGUUGGAAAGUUUUGGAAAUUUUCUCCCCCGUGCCUCGGAAAGCACUUGUCGCGUCGAUCCUGCACCAGAUCUCUCAGUGGUCGUGUCAAAUUGUGUUCGCACCGGAGUA